AUGAAGGUACAAAGUGCUUUCCUCUGGAUCCUGGGCACACUGCUGAUCCUGUCCUUAGGGCAGAGUCUUGGUUUCAGGAGAUGUCUCAUUUCUGUGGACAUGCGCCAUCUAGAAAGGAGUUUCCAGGAAAUCAAAAGGACUUUGCAAAACAAGGAUGUCUUCCAAAAUGUCACCAUCUUGUCCACACUGCAAAGUCUGCAGGGCAUUAAGCCCAUAGAUGUGUGCUGCGUGACCAGGAACCUCCUGGCAUUCUACAUGGACAAAGUGCUCAAGGAUCAUCAGGAGCCAAACCCCCAGAUCCGGAGACAGAUCAGCAGCAUUGCCAACUCUUUCCUCCACACGCAGAAAACUCUGCAGCAAUGUGAGCAGAGAUGGUGCCACUGUAGUCAGGAAGCCACCAAUGCCACUAGCAUCAUCCAGGACAACUACGAUCAGCUGGAGGUCCGUGCUGCCGCCAUUAAAUCCCUGGGUGAGCUUGACAUCUUUUUAGCCUGGAUCAACAAGAAUCACCAGGAAACUUCCCAUGCUCAACACCAAGUUCCUGUGUAA